CCCCCCGCAGGGCUGCGUCCGCCUGGGGGCCCCAACAUCGGGACACGGACCUGCCCGAGCGGGGCCAGAGGAGGCCGCGAAAAUGCGGGGGGGGCUGGAGCCCCCCCUACAAUGAACGACUGGGCCCCCAUAGCGAAGGAGUACGACCCCCUCAAAGCCGGGAGCAUCGAUGGCACAGACGAAGAGCCCCACGACCGCGCCAUAUGGAGGGCCAUGUUGGCACGCUAUGUCCCCAACAAGGGAGUUACAGGAGACCCCCACCUCACCCUGUUUGUAGCAAGGCUCAAUCUUCAGACAACAGAAGAGAAGUUAAAGGAGGUCUUUUCCCGGUACGGAGACAUCAGAAAGAUCCGUCUGGUUCGAGACCUGGUCACGGGUUUUUCCAAGGGUUACGCGUUUAUUGAGUACAAAGAGGAGCGUGCUCUCUUGAAGGCCCACAGAGACGCCAACAGGCUGGUAAUCGAUCAGCAUGAGAUCUUUGUAGACUUUGAACUGGAAAGAACUCUCAAAGGCUGGAUUCCGCGGAGGCUUGGAGGUGGUUUUGGAGGCAAAAAAGAAUCUGGGCAGCUACGAUUCGGAGGACGGGACAGACCUUUCCGAAAGCCCAUCAAUUUGCCAAACAUGAAAAAUGAUUUCUAUGGAGAAGGAUCAGGAGAGAAAAGAAACUGGUCUCGUGAGGGAACAAGGGACUGGAGAACAAGAGACCGAGAGCAUGAAAGGAGCAGGGACAAGCGAUGGCCAGAAAGGGAACGGUCGUGGACAUGGGGUGAGAGUGAGAGAGAGAGGGACUCCAAAGAGGAGAGGAGCAGAGGGAGGGAGAGGAAGGACAGAGACAGGAAGGACAGGGAGAGAGACCGGAGCAGGGAAAGAGAUACUAAGAAGCAAAGAGAUGAUGAUAAGCAUCGAUAGGUGACAGUGCCUUGCCGUUGGGGUAUGGUAUCUCCUCUCACAUCCACAACGUUCCCGUUGCAGAUGUUGCCUUCAGCCUGGGACUGAGCAGCGUUCCCAGAACGAGCUGUGGUGUUACUGUCCUGAGCCUGGGACUCUCCCUGCUACAAGUUCUCUGUAGAUUGAUUGCUGAUGCAGUUAAGAUACGUGUUGAAUUGUUCUUCAGAGAAAAUAAACUUUUGUAUUAA